AAAAACACUCAUUCAAUCGCCGACCAGCGUAACAAACAGUCGUCGUGUGUGAAGUUACCGUGAGAAAGCUUCCAAAGUAUUGAACAAAACUCAAACAAAAAAAAUACCCAGACAACACAGAAGAAGAAGACAUUGAGAGUGAAAAUAUUUUUUCACACACGGAUGUUCAAUUGAAUAAUCAUGAAAUUUGCGUUAAAUAAAAAUUCCAAUAAAAAUUCAUUGAAAUUUAUCAACCAAAGUGCGGAAUGCAAUAUAACAAACAUUUCUAUUAAUAAAAACACCACAUUAGUGCCAGAAAUUGUUAAUUUAAUAAAUAUUAUCCACGACGAACAACAUUUUAUAAACUUGAGAAAAAUCAAUCUUAUACCUCCGUCUUGAUUGCGACCUUAAAAGUAAAUUUGUUUGCUCUGUCACACAUCCAAGGGGAGGGCUCUCAAUUUAUUCAAAAAUAGUGCAAAUUAUUUUUCUUUUAUUUAAAAUUUUGUCAUCAUUUUUUAAUUUUUUUUUAUAGUCAAACGGAAAAAUAAAAUAAAAAUUUAAAAUCGAAGAAUUCUAUACCUAUACAAAAAAAAAAAAAAAAAAAAACACUCAAAAAACGAAAGAAACAAAAAAUCGAGUUGAACGAUUUUCCACUCAACUGAUAAAAAGUAUCAGAAAGAGCAAAAGAGAGCGUGCGAGUGUAAUUGUGUUGGUGACCUACCUCGUGUUCGGACGAAAAAUUUGCAUUAAUUAUUUUUCUUUUCUUUAAAUAAUUUUUCCCUUAAAUCGAGUUUUAAUUAAAUUGUUCGCAAUUGCGGAAAAAGGAGUCAAAAUAAGUUCCAAAAAAAAAUCCACUAUGCCGAAAAAGAACCGUAAGGGUGGUAAAGGACGCGGAGGCGAUUCCAACUCCGAAGAUGAAUCAGUCAAUGACAAUGCCAGCGUAUAUUCUUAUGUCUCAGAGAAUCCAGCUUCCGUUGAGGAUUCCGAUGAACUCUCUUCAAACGAACGUUACGAAGAAAAAUUCAUGCAAGCAUUAGAAAAUGCUACCGAAAAAUCAGCUCAAACUCGUGCUCAAGCAUUGCAGAGCAUCUGUGAAAUUCUAAUGCAUCGUUUUAUGCCGGAUUUUGUUGAAGAUCGCAAAGUCACUCUAAUCGAUUGCAUUGAGAAAUCAAUUCGCCGUGGAAAGGGUGCCGAGCAAGUAUGGGGAGCCAAACUGGCACCAUUGUUGGUCCUACAAUUGGGCGGCGAAGAAGUUAUCUCCAAGGCACUUAAUCAAUUCUUGCUAACAACCAUGCAAGACAAAUCGGUUAGCUUCGAUGCCAGAGCUAAAUGCUGUACUGCCUUGGGAUUGUUGAAUUUCUUGGGCACUGAUGAUAUUGGUGAUCUAUUGCCCAUGAUGCAAUUCUUUGAGGCUAUCUUCAGUGGAAGCUAUUUGCGUGGUGAUGAUAAGACACCUAUUUCAGUUAAUGCAGAGGCAGGUACUUUGCAUGCUGAAGCAUUGUCUGCAUGGGGAUUGUUACUCACUUUGAUUCCAAGUGUAGAUUUUGUGAAUAUUAUGACCAGUGGUCAAGGUCAACAGAUGUUACCAUCAAUUAAAAAACUAAUGGGUCUGUUGCAAUCACCUCAUUUGGAAGUACGUAUGGCUGCAGGAGAGACAAUUGCAUUGAUUUUUGAAAGUGGUCGUUCACACGAUGAGGAUUUCUUGGAAGAACAUAUUGUCGAUCUCACAGAAGCCGUCAAACAGUUGGCAACUGAUUCGCACAAAUAUAGGGCAAAAAGAGAUCGCAAAGCACAACGUGCAACAUUCCGUGAUGUCUUGAGAUAUUUAGAGGAGGACAUAUCACCAGAAAUCACCAUUCGUUUUGGUACCGAGUCACUUGUUCUCGAUACAUGGGCUGUUCAUCAUCAAUAUACAGCAUUAUGUUCAGUCAUGGGUCCCGGUAUGACAUCUCAUUUGCAAGAAAAUGACUUUAUUCGAGAAAUUUUCCAACUUGGCUCAAAAGUACCUUCUCUUAAUCCAGUUCCCAAACAUAUUAAAACUACAAAAUUAGAAAGACAUCUUAUGAAUGCCGCUGCCUUUAAAGCACGUACAAUUACCAGAGGCAAAAAUCGAGACAAACGUUCAGCUGUUUUUUCUUAAAAAAAUUUCUUUAUGGAAAUGUACUUUAUUUUUUUAAAUUCCUCUUUUGAAUAAUUUUUUUUUCCUUAGUAAUUUUAUUUUUGGUUUUAUACUUCUUUUUUUCUUUAGACGUCUUUUGUAUAUUUUUCUCUUUUUUUUUUUUAUUUUAUAACUAAAAUGCAUAAAAACCUACAUGGAUAUAAAAUUACAUAUAAUGAUAUUCAAUUAAUAGUUGAUAAAUGUGUAUCUUUGUAUAUAAAUAGAACUAAAACAAACAAUUUCUAUCAAAUAUCGAGUCAUGAAUUAUACUUUAAGUAGAUAUGGAUAUAAUGAAUAUACCUAAAAUACAUAUAUACACAUUAUAAUAAUUCAUAAUUAUAAAUAAAAUAUAAACUAUUUUGACUGUGAAGUAGGUGUUCUUUUUUUUUAUUUUUAAUUAUGAAACUCGACAAAAUAUACAAACGAGGAUGUCCUGUUUUUUGUUCAUUUUAAGUUAAACUUCAGAAAAAAUAAAAAGUUGAGUUAAAUUCAAUCUUACUCUCUCUCUCUCUCAAAAAAAAAAACAA